AUGCAAAUAUGGCGUUCGUCCACUGCCCCAUCCGGCGAGCAGUCCGCCACCAUCCACGCGCGCAAUUGUAUCGAGCGGCUGAACUCCGUGCUGAGCGAUGAAUCCCGCGGUCCUGCUCCGCACCCCUGUCUCGCAUAUGCCGCCUCCUCUCAGAUUUUCGUCACGGUGACCAAGCUGGCCCUAUCUUCCUACGAUGACGCGACGCUCCGUUCGGCCACCAUCUUCUUCAACACUCUGAUUGACUCCGAGGUCGAUGGUGUCGUGGACAACCGGUUGUUUGCGCGGGCUUUGGUGGAUCUGGUUCGACGCGCCGACAAGCACUCCGAGGAUGUAGAAGGCAGAUUGGUGGAGCUUUUGUUCGGCGUCGCCAACAAUAUCCGUCUGCAGCCGACGAUACUUCCCGCGUGGUUCGCUCCCCGCUCGGACGAGCAGGAACGCGACCAACAGAACACGGGGGCGGAAUUUGCCGGUGCGACGAGAAAGGACGAUUUCCCCCUAUUUUACCUGCUGGUCGAAUAUGUGCAUCACGCAGGCCGUGCGGGUGAUUUUGCGCGAACCGGUCUGCUGUAUCUCAUCGAGACCGCGUCCCGAUCCAAGGACCUGGAGAGGUGGCUGAUUGAGAGUGAUCUGGCGACUCUGAUGGCCACGGGACUGGGUGCUCUUUACAGUCAACUCGGAAGUCUUUCUUUCGCAGACACGGAAGAAGAGAAAAUCCCCCACAUCAUCGCUCUAUCGGACCAUGCCAAGCAGGAGACUGCGCUUCCGCCUUCUCUUGGGAUCACAAUGGACUCGUUCAUGUCGUAUCUCUUGUUCUGGCAGGAUACAAUCGACCACUGCAAAUCGGCCGAAGUCAACGGGACUCUUCUAGACCAUUUCCAGGUCUUGUUCUUGGAACAGCUCCUGUAUCCGUCGUUACUUGAAUCUUCGGAUGUAGAAGGCGGGUCCACCGCCGCAGUUCUCACCUAUCUCUGUCGUAUCCUCAGCUCCAUCGAUCAGCGCGACCUCGUCCAUCGCAUUCUCCACUUCUUGCUCGCGUCGCCUUCGGCGGCCGAAACCAAAGCCCAGACAAAUGUGGACAUGUCUUUGAGUCGGCGGAAGUCGCUGGAUGUCCUAGCAGCAUUUUCAGAAGAGGCGGCUCGACCGUCUCCUUCGCUGUUCAAUCUCCGGGAUCUGACGCUGGUCGGUCUGGAGUCGGCGAACCGACAGACUGUGCUUGCGACCCUGCGACUCAUGGCCGUUGUCCUCCAACGCCAUCACACGUUCGCGCGAUCACUGAUUCGGACCAUCCCUGGCCAGCCGGCCAAGCAGCGGACGGUGGGCGCAUUGAACGCCGAGCUACAGGUGCUUGUCGGGAUGGCGACGUCGAUUGUAGACGACCCAACGUUAGAAGAGUCUUUCGAGAACUACCUUAAAGAUGCGACGUGGGUGGUUGAGUCUCGACUGUACAUCCCACCGGACGAGGAUGAUGAAGACUGCCCACUGCAGAUCCGACAGGAGGCCCCUAUUACCCAGGAACUCCUGCAUUGUCUAGAGGAUUUCUUCACCAACAGCGUGAUCGUGAACUUGGCGUUGACAGAGGUCCUCAUGAGUAUAGCCUCGUCUCAUCUGAUUUCCCUUGACGGAUGGCUACUGGUUGAUCCGUCCAAGUACGACUACUCUGGCUUCGAUUCCACCGAGGCCUCUACUAUGCUGGAGCAGAUCCAGCUGGCGCACCAGGAACCUUCGUGGUCUAAACGAGACACCCCGAGCCUGACAGCAGUCCUGCAGCAACUCGUCGAGCGCAUCCAACAAUGGCGUCGAGAAGUGCCCGACUUUGAUAUUCUUGUUGCAGCACGACGCGACCUCCUGCACCAGGAAGACAAUCCCGCGCGAUACAGUCGUGCCGGCUCGUCGUCCGGCACUCCCACCCGGGACUCAUCCGAGCGUCCACCGAGAAAGACACCACGGGCAGCUGACAUUGGAUCGCCACGCGGCCGAAAAUCCCGCCCACUGGACCUACAAGCCCUUACCUCAUCCCCGCAACGACCUUCGGUCGGGUCCCCUCUCCGCGAGCCUUCGGCGCAGUCAACCAAGUCGCGCGACUCGUCCACCUCACGCGCCGCGGCGGCGGCCGAAGAGCUGCGCAAACGCCUUUCCAAGCCGUUCGUCGAGACGGCCGUACGCAAGUCCACCACCGAGGACGAAGCGAACGACGCGGCAGAGGCUCCAGCCGAGGAGGGUAGCAGCGCCGUGAUGGACGAGGAACCGCGGUCGGCCACGUUGGGCCAUGUCCUCACCAACGUGGUGAUCCUGUACGAGUUUCUGCUGGAGAUUGCAGCCAUGGUGCAGGCACGGGGGACGAUCUUUGGGGAGGCAGGGUAUCCGGGGGUGGAGGGGAGUCUAAGCUAG